AAUUUGUCACCGCAUCCCUGGGUAGGCUUUUAAAUUCAGGUUAAAACAACUAAACAGGGUGAUACAACAACAGGUUAAACAAAUUAGAAAAGAUAUCCAGCUAUAUAGCUACAUGAUAUAGAUAUAGCAUGCAUGUACAGUAUGUACUCGUAUGUGUUUGUGUCAGAACUCAUUCAGUGUUCACACCUCUGUAGUUGUUUAAGUCACCGUUUCAUCUGUGUACUGAAAACUUUGAAUUCUGACUGUUAUUUUUGAUUCAGGCAGUAAGAUGUUCCAUAAUUGCAGGUCUUUAAAAACUGAGAAAUUCAGAAAUACAAGUUGGAAAUGCUAAAACUAGAAUACUGCCUAGGUUAGCUAAAAGAGCCUAAUGCUUACUAAUGAAAUACACCAAGUUUUCCAAAGCAGUCAUCAGGCCCCAGUCUGUCUUGCUGUUUUCCCGCAGAUUGUCUUAUCAGGCGUUGGCAUAGCUGCACCCCGGGACAGCUGAUGGGAGGAGUCAACUCAACUGAACUUAAUCCUUCGUGUGCUCCAAAAAAACUUAAACAACACCCAAACAGUCAUUUAUUUAGCACCAGCAGCAGAUAUAUCAUGUACUGUAUGUAUGUGUUUGAAGGCGUGCUGUGACCCAACAGUUCACAGAUACUUAGCUUGCUUGAAUGUUUUUAUUUAUUUAUACUUAUUCUUUAUUGUAUGUCAAAGUGCAGAGGCUGCGUGGGUGAUAAUAUCUCGCUAUUUUGUGUCUUUACCAGGUUGACUUUUAGCAGCAAGAGCCUGUCCUGAAUGUGUUCAACAGCCAACUAUGUUCUCCCACUGAGGAGAACCUGUGAGGUAUUAGCUACUCCAGGCAGGCUGUGUGGAGGAGUGUCCAUGCCAACUAAUUUCCCUGGAGCCCGGUCUCAUGGAGCUCCUCCGGACACAGAGAUAGAUGUGGCUUGGCAGGAGCUGAUGGCCAUCUCAGAGCUGCAGGAGUUUGAAGUCCCCGGUGAAGGCUCCUAUGAGACAAUGCAGUACCAAACCAUGGAGCCCAUGGUCCCUGUGGGAGGGUACGGGAUGGCUCAGUCUCAUUCUGAGUCUCCUGCUGCCUGUGAGCUCAGCACUACCGACACUUACAAUGGUUGUUACUCUGAAGAGGUGCCUGUCUGUCAUCGUCCAGGAAGCAAUGCAGAGGCAAUGUACGGACACUCUGAAUCUCUGCUCAACCAAAGAAUGCUCCCCAUCUCUUCUCAAACACAGCCCUCGCUCAUGGCUCUUAGGGAACAGAUGAUCAUGUCAGGUACCAGUCAAGGGCACAGGAGAGUCAACGCUUGUUCUUCUCAGGGUCUAAAUCGGCACAUGCUAUGGACUACACAUGGACAAAUUUCACAUGUUCGCUCAGUUGAUGAUCUGGAGUCAGACUCUGGUCUGUCUCUGGGUUCUAGUCCACCUUUGGCUUCUCCAGAUAACCCUGCUGGUGGUGCACCAGGUUACCAAAGUGUAGACAUGGGCAUAACAUACAGUGAUGGUGAACCAGACAGCAUGACUGAGCAAGCCAGAAGAGCACACAUCCAUUACACAAUGGAUUACGAGAAUCAGUCUCAAUCAUAUUUACACUCAGGUGCACAUUCAUCUUAUUUCUCACCCCAACCCACUUUAUCUCAUGCACAACCUAAUGCUCCGACUCCACGGUCAGUGAAACAGCAGGGCCAGGCUGCUCUUAUGAAUGACCUGUACAGUGACUGUGGAGUGGCCAGCAGAGGGAGCUCUCAGCAUAAUAUGUACAUGAAACCACAAGGAAGCACCUCCACUCCCAGUCCUCUGAGCAGGGAUGAGCGGCGGGCAGUGGCUUUGAAGAUUCCUUUCCCCAUGGAAAAGAUUAUCAAUUUACCUGUAGACGACUUCAAUGAGCUUCUGACACAGUACACUCUGACAGAUACUCAACUAGCACUGGUCAGGGAUAUUAGGAGGAGAGGGAAAAACAAGGUGGCAGCUCAGAACUGCAGGAAGAGGAAGCUCGAGAGCAUAAUACACCUUGAACGAGAACUGAACCAGCUGCAGACCCAAAGAGAGCACCUCGCACAGGAAAGGCUCGAGUUCCAACGCAGCUUGGCAUUCAUUAAAUGUCGCCUUACAGACCUCUAUACAGAAGUAUUUUCUCACUUAAGGGAUCAAGAUGGACAACCAUACUCCAUAGAUGAAUACUCCCUGCAACAGACACCUGAUGGUAAAAUUUAUUUGGUACCUCACACAGCUAUGCAAAAGAGAGAACAAUGCUGAAGAACUGGGAUAGUCUCCAUACUUCUUUAUGCUCAUGCCAACUGAAGUUACAAAUUUAGUUCAUGUGGUUCUGAACUAACCUUCAUAUGUAUAACACCAUGCCUGCACCAAUGGGCAUUUGUCAAGUUCUUAAAAAUUGACUGAAACCACACAAGUACUUUGUAUAAAAAUAUUUUAUUUAAAAAAGUAAAAAACAAGUUAAAAAAAGAUAAGUCUUCUGCACCUGCAUCAUUGUUCAAGUAAACCUGAGGAGGAAAAACAAAAAACAGAAUCCAGUUAAAAUAAUUUUAACUGAAAAAUGUGAUGUGCAACAUUUUAAUAACUUGUACCUGAUUGAGCCAUUGUCACUGAAAUGAGAUCAGGUUUUGGAGUCCAUGUGUAGAGUUACCUAGAAAGCAGAAAUACCAAAUAAGUAACAGGCAAUCUUUCAAAAGAACUGUUCUAUUAAACAGCAUGCAAUUUGUUGUAGGACCUCUAUGCACAAUUAAGAGGCCAAUUUUACCAGUCAAUGGUGUAAUGUCAUAAUAAAAACUUGUUUGCACAAAAAAAAGAAAAAAAAAAUGUUACGUCAUUAUUGGGCUACACAACUUUCUACCAGCUACAUGACAAAAAUCAAGAUAUACUAUCAGUAGUUGAGAAGUCUGGUCUUACCUACAGACAGCAUUUAAGCCUUUUGGUAGCUGCUGCCUGCUAGCCUCAGGCUUCUGUUCUCACUCUCCCCUGCUUCAAUGAUCCUGGCGAUGGUUUUGCUACUUCUCUCCCUCAGCUGGCUUCCAUGGCUAGCCUCAAAGACUUUGCAUGUAAGCUAGCAUCCUCCAGAAGAUCUUUGCAGAACUCAGUGUAGAGUCUUUACCAAGUGAUGGGCUCUUUAUGAUGACUGCAUUUGCACUUGUCAUUCCUCACCCCCUAUUGUAUUGGUAUUUUAAAUGCAUUGACUUAUGAGAACGUGAUGCCUAGUGUGGGGCUUCUUGCACAUCAAGGAAAUGAGCUUUUCCAGACACCUCAUGACAUGUAAAAUAUGACCCUCUCCCCCACUUUGUGCAGUGUCUAAUAGUGAACCCUCCCUUUCCCAAAUCACUGAAGAGGCUAACAAGACUUUUUAAAAAAAACUGAAAGAUGGUUUAUUUCAGCUUGAUUUGAUGCAGUUACAAAUAAAAACCAGACCUUAAAGAAAAAAAUCUACAUAAAACCUCAUUGGAAUGCUUGCUUUCCAGAAACACAUUUUGAUGAAAAAAAACAAAACAAAGAAAAAUAAAACGUUUAAAUGAA